CUGGCACCAAUUUGCCGACCUUGGAGGCAUGGAAGACUCGCAGGGCGCUUCCGACCACUGCGCCACACGCUCUCCUUUUCGUUUUUUCUUCUUGAUGUUCUUUGUCUUAUUUUCUUUUUUUCAGUAGUUUCCUUGAAUAAUUUCGUUGAUAACUAUGAGACACUAAACUAUCAUGUUGUGAAUACUGCUAGGAGAAAACGUUCCUCAGGCUAUGGAGAGCCGAUAAAUUUAAAAUUCCAUGCUUAUAAUAGAUCUUUUCAUCUUAGUCUGCUACCAUUAGAAGAGCUGGGUGAUCAGUUGUUUCAUCCGGACCAUAUCUUAGAUGAAGAUGGCCAGUAUGAGGAAAUACGGCCUCAGAGUUUUCUCUAUGAAGGUUUUGUCAAAGACGAACCAGGUUCAGUGGUUUAUGGCUCCAUUCUUGGCGGUGUAUUUGAAGGCCACAUCAGAUCAAGUGAUGGUCAUUCAUAUAGUGUAGACAGAGCAUCGAAGUACUUCGAUUAUAACAGUCGUCCAUCACAAUAUCACUCAAUUGUAUAUCGAGAUGAAGAGAUUAACCACAACAAGAUGCGAUUUAAAAGAUCACCUGGAAAUGACAAUAACUUGUACGGUUGUGGGCUUAGUGAUGGAAUUAAACAUGAAAUGGAGCGCAUACAGCGAUCAGCCGAAAUCCCAAUGGAAGUUUACACGAACUACAUGACUAUGCAAGGACGUUCAAAACGAGCAACACGAGACGAUAAAGGUAUAUACAGUGUAAGGACAUGCUCCCUGUACUUACAGGCCGAUCAUAAGUUGUAUGCACAUAUUAAGCGGAAGGAGGGAAACAAUGACCCCAUUAGAACCCGAGAAGAAAUUGUCAGUUUAUUCUAUAAUCACAUAAAAGCUGUUAAUGAAAUAUACGAAGGAACCAAUUUCAAUGGUAUUAAAGGACUACAUUUUGUGAUACAAAGAACAUCGAUCUAUACACCGGAAACCUGCGAUCGCGGACGUCCAGUUAAGGGUAGUGACAAUCCUUUUUGCGAAGAAAAUGUUGAUGUAUCUAAUUUCUUGAACCUUAACUCUCAACGUAAUCACUCGGCGUUUUGUCUUGCAUACGCACUUACCUUUCGCGACUUCGUUGGUGGGACUCUUGGAUUAGCGUGGGUGGCUAGUCCUCAGUAUAACACAGCAGGCGGUAUUUGUCAGGUAUAUCAACGAUACAACGAGGGAUCUAGAGGCUGGGUAUUCCGCUCUUUGAAUACAGGAAUCGUUACUCUUGUUAACUAUGGAAAUCGCGUACCUACACGAGUGUCGCAACUUACUCUUGCUCAUGAAAUAGGCCACAAUUUUGGUUCACCUCACGAUUUUCCUCUUGAGUGUCAACCUGGUCUACCGGAUGGAAAUUUUAUAAUGUUUGCAUCAGCUACAUCUGGAGACAAGGUGAACAACGCCAAAUUUUCUCCUUGUUCAGUGGCAAAUAUCUCUAGUGUUCUACAUGUUGUUCUCCAAUCUGUGCCUAUUGAUCCCACACGUCAUGCAGGGCCUGUCGGUGCACUGAUGAAACGGAAUUGUUUCCAAGAGCGAACAUCUGCUUUCUGCGGGAAUCAGAUUCAUGAACCUGGAGAGGAGUGUGAUUGCGGGUUCUCGCAGGCCGACUGUGACCAGAUGGGUGAUAGAUGUUGUGUGCCGCAUGAACCUACGCGGACUGGUUUCAGCGCGAGUGCGGGCCCUUGUAAACGGAAGAGCGGUGCAAGAUGUUCUCCUUCUGAAGGAUACUGUUGCAAUCCUGAAACGUGUUCACUUCAUGAGGCAACGGAUUACAAGGUGUGCCGACAGGAAUCCGAAUGCAGUGAGACGCAAACGUGUGAUGGUCGUACUGCACAGUGUCCCGCAUCUCCGCCCAAAAAAGACGGCUUACCUUGUCAAGAUAGUACAAAGGUAUGUUCUGGUGGCAACUGUAAUGGUUCAGUAUGCGAACUAGUCGGUCUGAGAGAUUGUUUUCUAACUGAAGGGAAGCCAGAGGAGUUAUGCUACCUUGCUUGUAUCAAGAAUGGAAAGUGCACUUCAAGCGUCAAUCUUUCGGAGUUUGCAGCCAAUAGGACAGAGUUUACUGAGUUUACUCAAAAUGGAAGAAAAGGCGAAAGUGGUCUAGUAUUGCAUCCUGGAUCCCCUUGCAAUAACUACAAAGGAUACUGUGAUAUUUUCCGGAAAUGUCGCAGCGUCGAUGCGAAUGGUCCUCUUGCUCGUCUAAAAAAUCUUCUAUUCAAUAGAAAGACUAUUGAGACCGUAACACAAUGGAUACAAGAAAAGUGGUGGGUUGUUGUUUGUGGAGCGUUGGUCGUUCUGGUCUUCAUGGCUCUUUUCAUAAAAUGUUGUGCUGUCCACACUCCUAGUACGAAUCCAAACAAACCGCCCGCUCUGAAUCUAUACCAAACUCUCACGCGACCUUCUACGCUAAUUUAUCGCUGGUAUAGGCCGGUUCGUUACUUUACCAUAAUUGUGGUAGAAAUUGCAACGAGACCUUCUCGGUCAAGUGCAGCAUCAGCAGCGAUGUCUUCGCGUGCCACGCCUCGUCCGUCUGCUCCUCCUCUCACACCUGCACCGACAAUACCUGUACCCCUGAUUCCAUCUGCAUCGGUCCCGCCACCUGCUACAGUGUUGGUCGUUGAACCUCCACCUCCAUAUACAGCCGCUGCCGACCCUGGUAGUGCGCUCGGAGGUCCUAGAAGAGGUCAUCGGAGAAAUAAGCGACAAACGAGUGCAGAUACGGCGCCAAAGUUGCGGGGAAAAGGCAAAUGA